AGACAGUCGGAAGAUAACAAAGCAACUGUCAAAGAAGAGAGAAUAACAGGGAGCGAGCGUUAUACAAGGAAAGAGACUAAGAGAUUAAUCAAAUGUAUCUCUAACACCUUCAUUAUCACCAUCGCACAAGUCAAUGAGGGAGAGAAGAGCUUUUUGCCGAAAAUCGAAACGGAUGCUGCAGAGCCUCUUCAGCUGCCUUCCUCCGAUAAUUCUUGCCCAGAGAGUUCGGAAAAAUUGUUUUCCUCCAAUUAGAUUAGUAUUGAACGUUUAACUUGGCAGACGUGUGUUUUUCUGAAAAACAAAUCACUUUUUCGUCUGUGCGCGUGGUGCAGCAGCGGUGCGGAGUGGAAGUGUAUCGAUCGAUCGCUUGUUCUUUUUUUUUCAAAAUUCUCGAAAUACGUUCUGUGAUCAAAAGAAUAAGUUCUAAGAAAAUUAAAGGCAAAGAUAAAGAAAACAAAAAUAAAGAAAGAAAACGACAACGGCGAAAACGACAAAUCACAACUUUAUGGCGGUGGUGUUCGGAUUACAGAUAUAGAUGUUAUUGCCACAGAAUAUAUGUCAACUUGAGAGUCAAUAUUUUCAUGCUCUAAUCUCAUCAUAAGCUUACAUCAUGGAAAAAUCACACAUGGAUAAAUCCCAGCUCAGUACACCGACAUCGACGACCACGACAACACCAACAUCUCGCCCGUCGUCACGGCGUACCUCAACAAUCAUUCCUCGUGAUUCGCUACCUUCACCGCCACCAGAUCCCCGUGGUGGUGCCAGUCAAAGCGAUAACGUCUUUGUCUAUCCCACACCCAGUGAGAAAAGUCUACCCGCCGAACUACAAGGUCUACUGCGUUGUGCCGAACGUCAAGAAGAAUUCCAACAAAUCUUCAGUAAGAAAAUUGCAAACGAUUGUCGGACAUUACACCAUAUGGAUGAUGCCUCCGCUCAGGGGGGCGGCGACGGAGCUGGUGGUGGUGGUGAUAAACACACCUGUAGUUGUUGUGAAAAGCUCAGCAAAGAAUGUGCUGAAUUUAUGGAGCCAUUGCAUUUUCGUUUAAAUGGCGCUGUGACAGCUGCUCUGGCCGCCUACGGAGUCAUAGAACAACUGAAUCAUCUCUACUCCAUGUGGGAGCAUUACAUUAGCAAAGAGCGUGAGUUGCGUGAACGAAAGGAGUGUUUGCGUUAUGUCAAAUUAUUAGAAAAAAAGCGGGCCGAUGCUACCAAAGCAAAACCUUUGACUGGUGCUCCCUUAUCGGACAAUGAAUUAGAUCAUCAGGAUAUGGAACAAUCAAUUGCCUUAUUGGAGACGAUCUUAAGUCCUGAUAUAUUGGCCCGUUACAAAACUCAGGAUUCCAAAUUACAACGUGAACGCAGCAAAUCAUUUAUGAUUGAAGAUAUGCCCAGCAUCAGGGCUGAUCGUGAGGCUUCCAAAAGUCACGGCGGUAUACCACAACUGCUACGGCGGCAGAGCACAUAUUGCGAUAGCAAAUCCAAAGUAUCAAAAUGGACUAAGGUCAAGGCGGCCUUUAAGUGGGAGAAAGCCAAUGUUCCAAUAAUGUAUGAAACGAGUCGCGAUGGUAUCCAUGUAGGCUUGCAGCCGAACAACAAUGAAGUGGCUAGAUAUUUGCGUGUACCCUCCGUACCCUGCGGCAACAGUUCGGCUGACAGCAUCUUAAGUUCAUCAUCUGGACAUUUGCUAAGUGAAACAGGCACGCCGGGCACUAUCAGCUCAGCCAGUUCAAUGGACGAUAUUGAUAACACCGGCUGUCCAAUGAGAAGAGACUCAUCAAAAAGUGAAACAUUGGAAACAUCAACUGAACGGUCAAUGUCCCAGCCAACGGUGCAGGAAUCCAAGUCGGCCGAUACUUUAAUAGUGGAUGAUAUCAAAUAUGCAAUGCCACCGAAAUCAUCGUCGAAUAAAUCGAUACGACGCAGUAAAAUGGUGUCUGACUUUGAGGUGGUGCCCGAGGAUGUUGAGGCGGUUAUAAAAACUCAAACAAAGCGUAAAAAUCCUCCACGACCCUUAGAUCUAAAUCUGAGACAGGAUCUAAAUGACUCGGAAAACUAUUUUGCAUCAUCGCAGUUGCUAAAAGCCAGUCCCCAGGAGGGUACCCAGUCCUUGCAUCGGGCUCUCAAGAAAGUUAACUCCCCCGUAAAUUCCUCUGUACCAUCUAGUCCUUCACGACAUUCUGAUUUCUUUGCUGAAUUUGAGAGUGAAGAACAGUCUAGCGGAGAUUUCUCCGAGCCGAAUUCACCGAAACACACAACUUCACGUCAAAGUUUUGAGUUGCAACAGGAGGAAAUCAAUCGUCGCUAUCAGAUACUACGAGCCAAACUGGAUCAAGAAUUCGAAACGAAACGCAAGGAAUGGGAAAAAUUGCAAUCGAAACGAGCUGUAGCUUUAGUUUCUGCUCAUAAACCUCCAGAACCACUGUCACCGACCACCCACUCACCAAAUAUGGCCAGCAAUUUUUCGACAAAAAUGUUAGAGGAAAAUCUAACACCUGACUUCAAGAAGAAGCCAAAAUGGCGUGUCAAGAAACAGGCUUCGAUUGGAGGUAUACAUGGAGGACCACCGGUGUCACCGAUUUCCCCCAAGGACACAACCACAUCCUGUUCAAGCACAAAUGUGCCAAAGGAUGCUAAAAUCGAUUGGAACCUGUGGAAAACUGGGCAAUUGAAAUUGGAGGGGCAGGGGUUGAAACCAUUGCCAGACCAAAAGGAUUUACCGGAAGAAUUUCAAAAGAAGUUGGAGGAAUGGAAUAAAAUCAAACGUGGAGGCUCUGCCACGAAUUGUACCGAUUCGCUUAAGCGGCACAAGCAUGGCGGUUCGGGAAAGAAGGGAGAGUCUGACGAUGAUCGUGGUGGCGGUGGAGGUGUCAGCAGUGAUAAAGAUAAACGCACGGAUAAGCAUAAACAUCACGAUAAAGAGAAAUCGGAGAGAUUGGCAAAACUAAAAGCCAUCGUCAGUGAUCAUCCAGCCAAGGAGAUUGAAGUGAAGACCUCUGCCGGGGUUAUGAAAUUCGAGGGUAUUUCCCGCAAGUUUACACGUAAACUUUAUGAAUGGGAAAAAGCUCGUGGUAUUGGACCAGAAUCGUCAACAUUCGCACUGCUACAUCCGGGCUACUGUCCCAUUGAUGUGAAACGCAUUUCCAAGGAGACACAUAAUCAUGAAAAUUCUCCUACGCUCAGCCGUUCGUUGUCAUUGGACAGUAUUUCGCCCAGUAUUGCAUUGCCUGUGAUAUCGCAGCAAGCUUCCAGUCUCUCAUUGAACGAUGUCAAUGAGUUGAAGGAAAUGGAAGGUGUUGUUAGCAGUACCGAUGCCCUGGCCAUUGACAGCGAUUACAAGAGGUGUGACGAGCCCGAAGCUGUUAUGGUCGAGGUGGAAGAUCACAUUGUGGAAACGGCCUCGCCGCUGGUGGUAGCCCAUGCAAUGGGCAAGCAGGAAACGCCCGUAUACAAAUAUGAGGAGAAAGCUUGUAAAGAUUUUUGCAAUACAAGAAAAAUACAAAGUUUUGAGUCUCAUACCAACAUUGCUCCACUUUUGAAUGUUUUGAAAAAUUCGGAAGAGUUGUUAAAGUUGCUGAAGAAGAAAUCACCCGAAAUAUCGGAAAAUACGGCUUUACGUUUUUGUGAAAGCACUUUGGCCCUGAUUCGCAGCAGUUAUACAUAUUAUUCGGCCAAUCUGGUUAAACCAAAUGUUCUGAAUGCCAUUUCCGAUGUACAAAACGAAUUGAGUCGUUUGAGAAGUUUGUGCGAGAAGAGCCCUUUGGAUGAGGCCUGCUGUCAGGAACUCAUGGAGGAACGCAAUGCCGAGUACAAUGAAGAAUUCGAGGGAUUACACGAAACUUUGGAUAUACUAAAGCAAAAUAUACAGGGUGGUAUGCCACGCUAUUCCAAGGACAUGGUACCGGAUAUCAACAUAAUUUCCGAAGAAGGAUUCAAUCGUCAUCGUUUUGUAGCUUCGGGAGAUAAUCGCAACGAUAAUCUGUCAACAACUUUGGAGGCCACAGAUGAGUUGAGUACUUCUAUGGUGGAAAAUGAUGCCGAAGGUCCUUGUCCACCUGAUGCCCACACUUCUGUCAUAACUGAAAAUGUUGCAAACACUUUGGUUGGUGGCAAAAAAAUUCGUCUGCGUAAAAUGGGUUCCCCAAACAGUAAAACCGAAAGCGACAGCAGUGAUGAGGACAAUUUGAAUGUUUUGGAAACGCCACGUCGUUUGAAGCGGAAAAACUAUCGCCUCAAACAAAGAUCCUUUGAUGAGGAUCCCAGUUCGACCACCAUUGCCGAAGAGGUUGGUGAACACAUUCUAAAGAGCAUGGAGCCGGUAAAAACACCACGACCCAUGAGCCUGCCACUGUCCACGUCGACAUCAUUGCCCAGUGUAUUCGUGAAAACAAAACGAAAAGUAUUCACCACGGUACAGGAACCCAGAGCCAUAGAUGGCCUGGCAGUCAUCGAACAGGAGGUGGUACAUUCGCCUACCGAAAAUGAGGAUAAAUCACCCAUCAAGGAUGGGGCGCAGAAACCACCCAAACUUCAGCGAGAUGAUACCUUGAAGGCCAGUGAUAAUAACCCCGAGAACUUGAUUGCAAAUAUGCCGAAUGAAAUCAAGCCACGCCUAUUGCUUGUCCAUAAAUCCAUUAGUCUGGAAGAUUUGCGCACAGAAAUAGAUUUUGAAGAUAAGCGAAAAUCACACAGCAUGGAGAGUCUAAAAAAAUCCGAUAAACUGUGGAAUCCCAAAGAACCCAGAGCUCCCCUGGCCUCGGAUAGUUUUCGCAAAAUAAAUCGCAGUGUUGAGAAUCCUUCGCGGCUUUCGAACAUUUCCAAAUUCCAAGCGCUCUUGGGUACAAACAAAAAGAAGGAUCAUAUGUUUAAGAAACACAGCGAUAAACCAUUCAUACCUCACCCCGUGGCCGCCAACAAGGGGGCCACAAUGAAAAAAAUUGAAAAUAAAAUUGCCAAAACCCAGUCAAGUCCCUACGUCAGUGAAACGGAAGGUAGCCCCGCCAAAUACCUUUCCCCUGAUAAGUUCGAUAACACCAUGCCGAGGAUUGCUCGUAAAUGGGAUCGCAAGUCUCUGACGCCCACAACUCAACAAAUUAAAUUUGAUUUUCCACCACCAAAUAUAUCCGAACCUACUACACCAGUAUUUGAGCAAUAUAAUCGCCCUCUGACCCCUCUUACCCAAAGGGCCUUGCGUUUGCAAAAGGCCAAAGAGGAAUUUUUGCGAGCCAAACCUUCGCCCAAGGCUGUGGUGAAACUACGUGAAAGCAGCACAAGAAGUGAAACAUGGUUUGAUAAUCGUCAAAGUGAUUUAAGUUUAAGUUCGACGACCGCCGACGAAGUGUCGCUGCAGGGCGAUGUAAGAACGUCCCUGGAAUCAGAUUUACACAAAAGUCUAAGUGCGGAUACAAUUCGAGCUGAGUCGCCACCAAAUUUGUCCGAUGCUGGUACUGAUCAAGAUUUUGGUGGCAUCUAUGAUUCCUUGCCACGUCAGGUGACAAGGUCAGGUAAAAUUUCCAGUAAAUUGGGAUUUGCCACGUUGGCCUCGAAACUGCGCAAAGUCAAGGCCAAAAAACCCAAAGAACCUAAAAGAUCGGUGGCUUCACUGAUAGGCGGAACCACUGCCACCGGCACCACCUCUGGAGGCAGCGCUCUGUCGGCUCUGUGUCGUCAAAGUCUUUUGGCGGACAUCAUUGCGGUACCCCAACAAAUGGUGGCAUCCGGCGAGAGUUCACGUAAAAGCAGCCUAUCGAAACCACCAUCACCCCUACUAGCCACCAAAGAUAACGUCAGAAAAUCCCAAUCAUCGCCACAUGCAACAUAUAGAGGGGGACCGGGUUCCUCGGCAGCGGGAACACAUGAUAUAGGACGUCCCCCAGUGCACAAGUCGCAGAGUGAACAAUAUGUUAAACGUCACAAAGAGAGUUAUGUCUAGUCAGUGUUAAAAUUAAAAACACAUUAACAGUAAUUCAAAUAAUUUAUUUCAAUUUAUUUAUUUUUUUUUUGAUGUUUUAAGUGCCAUACACACAUCUAAAUAUUAUUAAUUAUUGCUAUUUACAUAAAUAUAAAUAGAUUUUUUAAUGUAGUUUUAAAAAUUUUUACAGAAGCCUA